CUGUAGGCUGGCGCAUAUUGAAAACUUCUGGGUAUUCGAGGGUCUGAAAGGGAAGCCCUUUUAGGUUGUAGAGGCAGACUAGAGGGCGAUCCUUUCAUAUUGUGGUGGAGGAAAGUUAGCAGCUCAGCUUUAGGCAUCGUCAGAAUAAGGGAUUUGUGUAAGAUGUUCAAGUGGAGUGACCUUCCAGCCAUUGAGAAAGUGCUGAGGCUGCAAUGGGAGCGUUGGCCUAUGUCCUCGCAGCAACCAAAAUCCUCAGCGGUCACAAACUCCCAAGGGAGUGAGUGGAGCGUGUUCAAAGGAAGAUUAGGAUGAAGCCUUCAGCAACAGCAGCUCCCCGGAUACCUGACCUCAGUUUACACUCAGUUUUGGACAUUUCUGUUUGGAAUAUCAAUGGUGGGGUUGGAGGCAGACCGCUGGACCCCGCAGCGAUGUGGGAAGAAGACUCCAUGCUUUCUGAUGGCUUUCUUCCUUGUUCUCUCCUCAGAGCUUUGCACCUCAGGAGGCCAGGAGGCCCCCCACACGUCAAACUGGCCAUUGAGUGGGAUAGCUGUGUCAAGGAGCGUCUGUUCGGGAGCCUCCCAGAGGAGCAGGUCCAGGAUGCGGACAGCGUGUGGCAGCAGCAGCAGGCUCACCAGCAGCACAGCUGUACCUUGGAUGAGUGUUUUCAGUUCUACACGAAGGAGGAGCAGCUGGCCCAGGACAAUGCGUGGAAGUGCCCCCACUGCAAAGUCCUCCAGCAGGGCACGGUGAAGCUGAGUCUGUGGACCCUGCCCGAUAUACUCAUCAUCCACUUCAAAAGGUUCUGUCAAGUGGGCGAGAGAAGAAACAAGCUCUUCACGCUGGUGAAGUUUCCACUCUGCGGCCUCAACAUGGCUCCCCAUGUGGCCCAGAGAAACGCUGGUCCCAAGCCGGGGCCAGGCCCCUGGCCUUCCUGGAAGCAGCCGGCCUGCUUGCCUACCAGCUACCCGCUGGACUUCCUGUACGACUUGUAUGCUGUCUGCAACCACCACGGCAGUCUGCAAGGUGGGCAUUACACAGCCUACUGCCGGAACUCUGUGGAUGGCCAGUGGUACAGUUACGACGACAGCACCGUGGACUCGCUCCUGGAAGAUGAAGUCAUUACCCGAGGGGCUUACAUACUGUUUUACCAGAAACGGAACAGCAUCCCUUCCUGGUCAGCCAGCAGCUCCAUGAGAGGUUCCACCAGCUCCUCCUUAUCUGAUCACUGGCUCAUGAGGCUCGGGAGCAAUAAUGGCAGCAUGAGGGGGAACCUGUGGUCUUGGAGCUCUUCUCCCAGCCCCUCCCGGCCCCAGGUGCCCUACCCACCUGUUUUCACAAAGAACCGCUCCAGGAAGGAAGAAGCAAAUGCCACCUUCUCUGCUAAGCGUGAAGAGAGUGGGCAAGCCAGCGAGAGAGUACUGGCCGAAGUUUCCUGCCCCUCGGGCCACCCCAACCACAGUGCAGGCACUGGGAUCGCGGGCAGUCUAAACACAGCAAGGAAACCAAAGGACAACGCAAGACAGGAUAUCAGGCUUCCCAGGCAGUUUGACCUGCCCCUCACGGUGAUGCCCUCCAUGGAGAAUGAGAAAGGAGCCCAGCCAGAGGGCCAGAAGGCCACCGACCGGAAGGGAAGUGGCCAGGCAGGGAGGGGCAGCAGAGCACCCUCCCCUGGGGAGGCUUCCCAAGCUGCGGCCUUAUCUAGAAGCAGUGGAGACGCUCACCGACAUCCCUCAGCCAAGGUCAGGGCUAAUGCACAAGGAGGGGACUCUGAGACAGACAGGUUCUCUCAGGGGACCUUCACCCUUCUGAGGUCUGUGUUUUGGAAGAAGAACAAGAAGCACGACAGGGGUGCGGCGGACCCCCAGGUGUCCCCAGUCUCACUGGGGAGCGGCCGGCUGAGCCCAGCCGUGGCCGAGCAGGCUCGAGGCUUGUCCCCUUCGCUGAGGAUCCCGGACAGUCUGGCCAGGGGCUCAGCCAGCCGCCUGGAGGGGGCUGUCCAGUCCACGCCCAGCUCUGUCCACCUCCCUCGAAAGGCCAGCAGGCCCACAAGGACCAGUGCCCUGAGCAUGUCCCAAAGGAGUGUUCCCAGGGAACAGACUUCUUUCAGCCCCUUGCAAAAGGUGAAAUACCACACUCUUUCCUUAGGUCGAAAGAAAACAUUACCAGAGUCCAGCUUUUGAUGGUGGAUUCCAGUAUCACGUGAAGCUGGCAUGCUCGCAACUCGGCAUGGAGCAGCUAUAAGGCAGCCUGUGUGGAGAGUGGGAUUUGGGGAAGCCAGUUGUCUUGUGACCCCUGAACAAUGAAAAUUUUUUGGUUUCGACAUCUAGAUUUCUAACACCUCUUAUCCAAAUACCUUCCUGUACUGUUGGCUGCUUUUAUACUUACAGAACACCAGAGGGUGCCUUGGAUCAGCAUUACUAUUUUUAGGCAAGAACUGAUGUUUUGUUUCAAUUCCAGGACCUGAGUACCUGCAUUAAAGAGCCACUGGAUGUGGGCAAACCUUACAGUGUAACACUUCAGGGAAGCCUAGUGAAUACGAAUCCUAAGUAUCAAGUCAAAUAUUGGCUUCUCCUAUUACAAAAGGUUUAAUUUAUUUAUUUCAUUUUUUAUUAUUUUUUUUUAUAGCUGAGCCAUCCUGCCACCUGUUGGCCAAAAUGUUUAAUUUAAAUAGUUGACGUUACAGGAAAAUCUUUUUCUUUUAAUGCUUCUCUGGGAU